AUGGCUACGAUGUUGUUCGCCGGUGUUCGAGAACAUGGUGAUAAAAAAAGUGGCCAUUGGUCAAUUGGGGAAGGAAGAGCAUUUCCACCGGCCCCUAAUAAAGAGCUUUAUCUCUAUGCUAUACUUAUGUCCUCCAUAUUGGCAUGUUCUGGUACAUCCAUUGCGUCCCUGAACAGCGCCAUGUUCUCCCCGGGAAUUGACAAGGCUAGCCGUAUAUUUGGGGUUGGGACGGACGUGAUUACUCCCUGUACGGUACUCUUCCUUCUGGGCUUUGCAACGUGGCCGAUGAUCUGGGCGCCGAUGUCCGAACUCCUAGGCAGGAGAUUACCAUUAUUAAUUGCCAUAUUUGGGGAAGGCAUCUUCACCAUUGGUUGUGCGGUUGCAAAGGAUAUUCAGACACUCAUUAUAUGUCGAUUCUUCGCUGGAGUAUGUGUCACGAUUGCUGUAUAUGCUCUGACAGUAUUCGGGGGACCGUUCGUUGCACCUAUCACUGGCGGGUUUACAGCGUCGAAUUAUCUUGGUUGGAGAUGGACACUGUAUAUCCCAGCUUUUCUUUCAUUUGCUACCAGCUUGCUCUCGCUAUUCUUUUUAAAAGAGUCAUGCGCCCCCUCCAUUCUCGCUACCAAGGCUGCUUUGCUUCGAAAAAACCUGGAAACUUGGGCGUUCAUGCGAAGCAAGAGACUUCUUAUAACAGAGCCUGUCCUUCUUCUGAUAUCGCUCUACAUGUCAUUCAUCUACGGCUUGAUGUAUGCCCUCCUAGAGACAUAUCCCUACGAUUUUGAGCACAUAUAUGGUAUGCAACCAGGUGUUGCGGGCUUGACCUUUAUCAGCCUGAUUGUUGGUAUCCUCUUGGGACUUGCCUUUAUCCUCUCACAGCGGUUUGGUUGGACUGGUUUCACCUCUCAAAUCCACUGGGCUGCGCUGGCUGUCUCGAGUACCUUUAUUGGCUUCGGCGUACUUUGCGAUCUUCCUCCCGUGCCUUACGCCGCAUCUGCUGUAGCAGCCAGCAUUAUCCUUCGAUCUGCUUUUGCACCCAGCUUUCCCCUCUUUACUCGGCAAAUGUUCUCGACUAUGGGAGUACCAUGGGCAAAGCACUCUGCUCGGUUGUUUAGCGGCAGCUUUGGUUCCCAUUCCUUUCUUCUUCUCGAUAAAAUCUAUGAGUCCACGCAAGAAGCGGACAAGGUAUCCAGCAAGAAGAAAGUUAUCGACCGAGUCGAAGCAAAUUCAGGAGCUGCGUUCAUUCGGAAUAUGGGGGAUAAUAUUGAUCCAACAUCUACAACCAAGAUGAACCUCUUCGGAUGGAACACAGGGCACCGACAAUUGCCAUCAAGCGUAGAUAGUGUUGCGCCUUUCUCUCUUUUCGAAAUCACAUCGUCUGAAGCUAUCAAAUGUCUCGCCGGCGUCUACUUUGAUAAAGUCAAUCCUUGCUACGGAUUACUCGAUCCUAAAAGGUUCUUUCGACGACUAGAAUUGCGAUCAAAUUUACCACUCGCUUGCGACCCCUAUGAUAGUACAUUUGCCGGAGUUGCAGCGCUCGGCUCGUUGUUCUCGCAACAUGAUGUGACGUUGACUGAAACUCAAUUAGUGCAAUAUGCACGAUCGAUGCUCGAGGGUAACGAUGCCUGCUCGCCUUCUGUCGAGAUUCUCACUGGUUGGAUUCUACACCUUUUGUACAUGCGAAUGACAUCCAAGCCAUAUCCUACAUGGUUGGCGAGCUCAAACAUGAUGCAUAUGCUGGAAGCUUCUGGAAUUCAUCGGUGGUCCUCCACUCAGUGUGAGGCCCGGGCCCUUGAAUCAGAAAUCGCCCCGAGAGAACGUCUUGUUGGGGUUGCACAGCAUCUGAACUUAUGGGUCUCCUUCGAUCUCGGUCUCUCAAGAGUGUCUUUUGCAGAUGAGUGGUCAGUAUCUCUUUCGGAACAGUUUGAGGGGAAUUCCAAUGGAAUCCUCAAUCUUUUGCCGAUCUCCGCUAGCUUGGACCCUGGAAAUGCAAAUGAUGGGGAAAAGCUGAAGUCCUCGUUUUUGUUGAUAUUGCAGAAGGUUUACAAAGAAGGGCCAGAGAUAUUGGCUCAGUGCAAUUUAGUGCUCUGCAUGUUUCGACGCCUUCACCUAUGGCACUCCAACUUUGACCAGCUGGUCAUUGACCGCACCCUUACUUUACUUCAGUCCGGGCUAGAGGCCGCACGGGCGCUUUCAAAUUCUUGUUGUCCAUGGCACCACAUUGCAAACGUCCCUUUCCAUACUCUCUAUGCCCUUCUUGUUUUGGACACCAGCGCAUCUUUCCAGCUAGUUCCCGAGGCUAUGGAGACUCUCUGGCAAGUUGCCUCCACAUACAACACGGCUACCAUGAGAGAGGCCGUGUACGCUGCUGAGAGACUGGUUCUGUUAUAUCAGCAGCGGCGAACAAGUGAUGUGAUAAUACUCAGUGAAGCUUUGAAUUCAAAUCAGCCAAGGGGGCUGGAUGUAGAUCGAAUCCAGAUUCAGGACUCAUGGCCAAAUAACGAACAGGUCUCGUGGUUGAUGGACCUUGUGGGUGCAAUGCCGACUUUAGAGGGAGUCACUACCGCGGAGGAUUUAUUUGGGUAAGAUCCCAAUUUACAUUCAUCUUGAAUGGUUCUGUUUUCGGUAUUGUACUAUCUAGGAUGACUGGCUCAAGAAGUGUCACUAUGAAGUAUGACGGAGGAGCGAGUAUCUUGGCUCCCCUAACGAAAGCUUUGAAACAUGGAUUCCGAGAUACUUUUGGUCUUUGCACUGGCACAGCAUGUAUCCUUGUCACAUUUUGUACAUAAAAACAUAAGUCAAAAAAAUUUCCCUGAUCCCGUCAAAACAAACCACGGUGCAGGAAGUCCGACACGUAAAGUUUGAUUUCAUUUCCGACAAUUUCUGUCUCUAUCCGUGUGCGUGAAUUAAAUAAUGUAAAUGCGGUAGGAAAAAAAAAACAUGAUGUUCAGGUCACGUCAAACCCCUCAUAGUUGUCCAGUCAUGAACUGUGCGAUACCCAUUCCAAAACUCCAAUCCUCCCGAGUGUUCUGAGC